CAAUGUUACAAUUGUCAUAUUUAUAGGUUAAUGAAAACAUAACCAAUAUUUACGUUUGUUUCAAUACACCUAUUAAUUUUUACUAAUGCUAUAAUGUCUGAGGAAGCAAAGGAUAAUUGCACGUUCUACUUCGUAAAACGGCAAAUAAAACGAGGUGGCGCGCGUAAACGUCAAAAUUCCGAUUCGGAAGAAGAUAACCACAACUCCGAUGAAGAUCAGACGGUCGUCAAACCUAUUAAACGCAAAACGAAAAUUAAUCCCAACAUUCAGUCCAGCAGCAAAUCAAAGAAGAGUAAAGAUACUGAGACUGCUGCCAAUUCGACCAGCAGUGAUGAAGAUGUGAUGGUGAGCUAUAAGUCCAACAGAUCCAGCAUGGCUCAAGGACCUCAAGAUCAAGGAGCUACAGCAACACUGGAAAUUGAAACUGAGACUGAUAGAGAUGCUCAAGCCAUUUUUGAAAGAAGGUUAGAAGUUAACAAGGAACUUGAAGGAAAAGAAGAUGAUAAAGUUUAUAGAGGAUUAAAUAACUAUACACAGUACUAUAAACCAAAAGAUACAGCCGCGGGAAAUGCAAGUUCUGGACUUGUUAGGAAAGGUCCUAUAAGGGCUCCGGCAAAUUUAAGAGCAACUGUACGAUGGGAUUACCAACCUGAUAUUUGUAAAGAUUACAAGGAAACUGGUUUUUGUGGCUUUGGCGACAGUUGUAAAUUCUUACACGACAGGAGUGACUACAAACAUGGGUGGCAACUUGAAAGGGAGUGGGCUGAAGGAAAAUAUGGUGAAGAAAGUGAUGACGACAAAAAAUAUGAAAUACAUUCAGAUGAAGAAGAACUACCCUUUAAAUGCGUGAUUUGUAGGAAUAGUUUUGUUGAACCUGUUGUUACUAAAUGUAAGCAUUAUUUCUGUGAAAAAUGUGCCUUGGAACGAUUCAAGAAGAGCGCAAGAUGUUUUGUUUGCAGUCAGCCUGUUACUGUUUUUAAACCUGCAAAGGAAUUAAUUGAACGACUCAAUAAAGCAGAAAAUGAGGAUUGCAAGUCAGAUAGUUCUUCAGAUUAAAUAAGUAUUCAGGGAUUAGAAAUUAGUCACAUAGAUGUAAAUAUAUGUAUUUUUAUAAAUUGACCAAUAAGGCUAAAUAAAUUUAAUUUUUAUCCGAAAA